CUCGCAUGUUUUUCCUUGCCUAACUCUUUUCUCUCUCUCUCUCUAUCUCUCUAUCUUUCCAAGUAAGCAUGUCUAACGCAACAGCAGACGCUGAUAUAACGCAUCUAAAGCCGGACAACUUGGUGCUCGCACACUCCAAGCCAUCACUGAUUGCCGUUAGCCCGGUUACAUCGAUUAAAACAGCAUUACAACUGCUUCAAAACAACAAGAUUACCUCGCUCCCCAUAUUCUCACACGAUAGUACCCAAGUGGUGAGCAUCAUCAACCUCUUUGACAUUCUCUUAUACCUCAUUGGCAGCAGCGACACAGUCGACAAAACUACCGAGAAGCUCAACGAUUCGGUCGAGAACGUUUUGGGCUUGGAUACGGACCGUGAGAGCUAUAGGAUGCAUAAAACCGAUGAUCAGGACACGUUGUUGGAUACCUUGCGUGCUUUUGCUUCCGGAGUGCACCGAUCCUUAGUGGUCAAUUAUGGUAAUCCGAAAAGCAGCCCAUGGCUCUUGUCGCAAACCGACAUUAUCCGACACGUACACCAUUACCCAAAAUCCAUCGCAAACAUUGUUGACGUGGGUACAAGUGUGGGUGACUUGGGAUUUGACAAGAAGCCGCCCUUGGUGAGUGUCAAAGCUGACCAGUCUGCAUUGAAUGGAUACAAGUUAUUAGCGGAAAAAAACGUAAGCGGCGUUCCGAUUGUGGAUGGGGAGGGCAAUCUCGUUGGUGAUUUGUGUCUGGAGGACCUACCCAGCGCGAACCUCGACACCUUUGAGCAGCUCACACUACCUUGCGUCGAAUAUAUCCAACAUCGCCAGGCAACGCUCGCACUUCCCGUUGCAACGCCAACCACAACUCUUCAGAGUAUCAUAGAAACCAUGCUGAAUCAAGACACGCAUCGUGUUUGGAUCAAGCAAAGUGAAGACUCGGGAAGGGUUAUUGGUGUGAUAUCCAUGUCGGACGUGAUUGACAUUUUGUGUUCAAAAGCAAAAGUGUAAUAUUAAAGUAAUAUGGCAAAUAAAAGCAAGUUACACGCGUUUAUCCAU